AUCGCUAUGGUGUAUCGUGAGUAGACGUGUUCCACAUCGUGUGCUACUAAAUUGCUAAAAGUGGAGGAAAAGUGUUUUGUGCAAAUCCAAUUUUUGGGGUAGUUACUAGUUUCUGAUAACUAUCUGAGUUUUGAAUGAUUUAAACAAUUACAUUUUGUUGUAAGUACAAUAUUUGAAAUAACUAUUCAACAUGUCAACGAGGCAACAGAAAAGGAGCGAGGACGGAGAUCAAUUGCACCAAGCAAUUAAGUCUGCAGUAAAUAAACUGUGUACGUCAGAGGCAUUCAUUACCGAGCUAACAAACUCAAUUUUUGGGAAAAUUAGUGAAAAUAUUGAAGAAGAAUUGGAGUCAUUAAGGAAGAAAACUUCUGAGUUAGAAAAGAAAGUUCAAGAACAAGAUGAAGCCAUCAAAUUGAUGUUUAGAAAUAAUGAGAGAUAUGAGAAAUGGAUUCGUAGAAAUAAUAUUAUCGUCUAUGGAUUGGAAGAGGUGCAUGAAGAGACCAUUCUAGAUCAAACACUACAAAUUUUUAAUUCGAACAUGAAUUUAAAGAUUAAAAAAUCUGAUAUCGGAAGCUGUUAUAGACUAGGAAAACCUAAUGGAAAGAAAACUCGUCCACUGCUGGUACAUUUCUUUGAUGGAUACGUCAGGCAAACUAUUUUUUCCAACAAAAAGUGUCUCAAAGGUACUAAAUAUGUAAUCAAAGAAGACUUAACGAAAGAACAGUCAACUUUGUUCAAGUUGGUCAUGCAAAAAGCAGGAAAAGACGGUAAAGUUUGGACGAAUGCAGGUACCAUCUUCUUGAAAUUGGCAGAUAACAAGAUUUCCAAGAUUACGUCCAUUGAUGACCUGGCUCAAGUUUGAUUGUGUAUAUUAUGCUUGAAAAUGAACCUUUUUUUUCUCUCUCUCUCUCUUCUAGAAGAGACCUCAAUGCCAGUUUAGUAACCUCCGUGAAUUAUUUUAUUUUUCUCUUUUUAUUAAAUCUAUCAAAUUCACUUUUGAAUUUAUAAACAUUUGAAUAGAUUAAGAAGUGGCACAUGAGUGCAGUUGGGAUACGUCUGGGAUCGAGACUCUAUUUGAGUUCUGAUCAUUUACUUAUCUAUUAGUUUUUCUUAUUGGUAUAGUUUUUUUUUUCAUUGGUAUAGUUUCUUUUCAUCGAGCGAAAUAAAAUAAAAAUGUUCAACAAUUUAUAUAUAGGUUGUCUUAAUGCAAGAUCGCUUUUGCCUUCUUUGCAAUCUGUUAAGUUAAUUGUAGAGGAACAUAAAUUUGAUAUUUUUUUCAUUUGUGAAACUUGGUUGAAUGAAAAUGUUGGAGAUGAUCUCAUUAAUUUUGAUGGAUAUAUCUUACACAGAAAAGAUAGAGGUGGCUUAGGAGGAGGUUUGUGUAUUUACGUAAAUAAUAAAAUAUAUAGUGAAAAAUUGAAUUAUCAUGGUACAGUAUCGGAACAACUCUGGGUGAAUAUAAAAAUCAAAAGUAAAAAUAUUGCUCUUGGUGCAAUAUACAAGCCUCCUAAAAUAAAUAAGAAUUCCUUCAUAGCUGAAAUAGAAGAUAUACUAAGUCUAAUACAUACCACUGUAGAUGAAAUCAUAUGCGGUGGAGAUCUUAAUAUAGAUUUUUUAAACACCGAUGAUAUUUAUGUAAAUAAAUUGUCAUCUGUUCUGGAAUGCUUCGGUAUUGGUCAA